AUGAUAGAUAGAGAAGAUAGAGAUAAUGAAUCUACCAGUGACAUUUCAAGCAUGAAUAAAUUUAUUAAUAACGCUGAUGAUUGGAGUUACGACAUCAUGAAUCAUUUGUAUAGUAAUGUAUUAGAAUUGCUAUUACGUAAAAUAAUUGAUAACUUUAUAGAGUUUCUUUGCGUAAAGGGUGUAUUGAAAAGAUACGUGAAAUGCGUAUCUUGUCAACAAGAUAUGGAAAAAUGCCAUACUCUAGAAAUAGAGAUGGAGCGGUAUUUAAGUGUUUCAAUAAUAAAUGUAUUAAUUACAGUAACACAUUUCUAUUCACACCGAGUCAUUAUUAUCAAGUUUCUCUGA